AUGGCGGCCUCUAAGUGAAUGGGAGAAGCUGAGCCUGCAACUGGAAUUUUUCCCUUUUAUUUUUUUUGUUUUCAUCCCAUCUCCAUUUGUCUAAACAUAUUUUAUUGCUUAAUGCCAUUUUAUUAAAUUCAUCUAGACUCUACACUAAAACGAAGCACUAGGAUGGUAAUAUGACACAGAGCAAAAAGAAGAAACGGGCGAAUCGCAGUCUCCUGCUGGCGAAAAAAAUUAUAAUCAAGGAUGGUGGAACGCCGCAAGGUUUUGGAUCUCCUAGUGUUUACCAUGCUGUCAUCGUCAUCUUUUUGGAAUUUUUUGCCUGGGGUUUGUUGACAGCGCCUACAUUAACCGUCCUACAUCAGACAUUCCCAAAACAUACAUUUUUGAUGAAUGGGCUUAUACAGGGAGUUAAGGGUUUGCUGUCGUUCUUGAGUGCUCCGCUUAUUGGCGCCUUGUCUGAUGUCUGGGGGCGGAAAUCCUUUCUCUUACUCACAGUUUUCUUUACCUGUGCUCCUAUACCACUUAUGAAGAUUAGUCCAUGGUGGUACUUUGCAGUCAUUUCAGUGUCGGGGGUGUUUGCUGUGACCUUCUCUGUCAUUUUUGCGUACGUGGCCGACAUCACCCAGGAGCAUGAGCGUAGCAUGGCAUAUGGACUGGUGUCAGCCACCUUCGCAGCCAGCCUGGUUACGAGUCCGGCCAUCGGUGCCUACCUGAGCCGCAUGUACGGAGACAGUUUAGUGGUGGUUCUGGCCUCUGCCAUCGCUAUGCUGGAUAUCUGUUUCAUCCUGGUGGCUGUGCCUGAGUCUUUGCCAGAGAAGAUGCGACCAGCCUCCUGGGGUGCCCCCAUCUCCUGGGAGCAAGCAGACCCGUUCGCUUCCUUGAGGAAGGUUGGUCAGGAUUCCACUGUUCUCCUCAUCUGUAUAACAGUGUUCCUUUCCUAUCUACCUGAGGCGGGACAAUACUCCAGCUUUUUUCUCUACCUACGACAGAUAAUGCGAUUUUCACCGGAGAGUGUUGCUGCUUUCAUUGCCGUGCUGGGAUUGUUAUCAAUUGCUGCACAAACUAUAGUGUUAAGUUUACUCAUGCGUUCCAUUGGGAACAAGAACACAAUCUUGCUGGGCCUAGGAUUUCAGAUUUUGCAGCUAGCCUGGUAUGGUUUUGGCUCAGAACCAUGGAUGAUGUGGGCCGCUGGAGCGGUAGCUGCUAUGUCGAGCAUUACUUUCCCUGCUGUCAGCGCGCUGGUGUCUCGCACCGCCGACCCCGAUCAGCAAGGGGUGGGCCAAGGAAUGGUCACUGGCAUUCGAGGACUGUGCAACGGUUUGGGUCCUGCGCUCUACGGCUUCAUCUUCUACAUUUUUCACGUGGAGCUGGUCGAAAGCGGGGACGCACGCCUGGAGGAGCAGUCGCAGCAGCAUCAUCAACAGAGUGCAAUAAUCCCUGGUCCGCCGUUCCUGUUUGGUGCAUGUUCGGUGCUGUUGGCUCUCCUGGUCGCUCUCUUUAUACCUGAGCACAGUCACCUGGGCUCUCGCACCGGCAGCUGGAAGAAGCACACCUCCCCCCACGGCCACCCCCACAGCCCUCAGCCUCCUGGGGAGGCCAAGGAACCCCUGCUACAAGACACAAACGUCUGAUUGGGUCUUUUUCUGGUCAAUCACUCAGCCCCGCCCCCAUUAAUAGAUGUGCUGAUGGAGGUGUAAGGUAUUGGUAAACAAUGACAGAGAUAUUGAAUUGUAUACAGCACCACUUCUUUUUUUUAAAUGUAUAUAAAGAAACAUAUAUUUAAAAAGACGGUUGUGUCCAAAGGCACUAUUGCAAUGGCUUGUAUUUAUUCUUUUUUUUUCUUUUUUCUUUUUUUUUUUAAGUUUCUUUCCUAAUGUUGUUUUUGUGAUGAAAUGCUACAUAGAUAUGCCUCACUCAGGGACAUUUCCCCGGUCAAGAAUGUUUGUGAACACAACUUGAUCCUCAUUCACAUGGAGUUCCGCGACAAAGAGAGAGAGAGAAAAAAAAAAAAAAGACUUGACGAAGAAAUUGAUUUGUCCAGCAGAAAGCUUUAGACAGCGUUGACCCGUUUCAUUAGCUGCGAAUGAGACCUUACACGGGGCUUAAGGAAGUGUAACACUCUCAUUUACCGACUCAAACUCAGUGGCGGAAAGCCUUAACCAACAACUUGGCUUCCAACCGUGAAAGCGAAGCCACAGCAGAAUGAGCUGCAUACAGCUGCAUUUUAAAGCACCUUUAAUUUGGUUCUCAUAUCAAACUGUUGCCUAUGUAUUACUUUUUACCACUUCCGAGUUAUUGGUGCCUUCCCCACCCCCCGACCCUGCUUAUGUUUUAGAGGGGAUGGUCAUGACUGAUGGGGACCAGACCGGGCUUUUUUCAUUACCCCUUCUGGAACAUUCUCUUAGGCCUUUUUUUUUAUAGAACCAUUUACCUGUUUGUUCCAUAUACACGGACCUCUCCAGACAUCCGCCAACAGUUGUUCGGAUAUGAAAGUGAAAUAUGUAUAGCCAGUGGCCUUCUGUAUUUUUCACUUAAAAGAGACUUUGCGCAUUUAAACACGAUUGACCAAAUAUGUAGAGGAGAUAAUAGUGACUUAUGACAGGUGUGAAUUUAUCUUAAAUAUUAGUUGUGUGCUCUGGUUAAUGAAAGAGUUGAUUUUCUGUAAUAUAUUGCUCUAUCUGGAAUACUGUCUCUGAGGACUGUAUGCUGUUUUUUUUUUCCUGUGUUCUGUGGUCAAGUUGUUUUGCUGCCUUUUAUUUCAUAUUUUAAAUGAACGGUAACGUUGUCAUUGACCGAACUUGUAAAUACCAUAAGUAUACAAACAAGCAUUUGAAUA